AGGGCCUGAGCCCCGGCUAGACAUGUUCAAGGGUUACGGAGGGGGAAGACCACCUCCGCCCGCAGCUCCGCGGCCAAGUUUACCCGCCUUGCCCUCCGCAGUCCGCCCGGGAUCUCAGCAGCCAAAAUUCCAGCCGGAUCUCGCAGCCGGGAGCAGCGCCUCAACCGCCCCUUUCGUGCCCAAUCUCAACACCAUCACCACCAGCCACAAUCUGCAGUGGAUGGUGCAGCCUUCACUCAUGGGCGCUUCUUCGGGACUCCCUCCUUUUCCCAGGCCCUAUCGCUGCCCGCACUACGCAGCUGGCAUCCGUCCUGGCGUCAUUCGCACCACGGGCCCUGGCCUAGUACCCCGGAGGCGUCACUCAGAACACCUCACCCCGGAAGAGGAAGAGCGACGGCGUCUACGGCGGGAACGGAACAAAUUGGCGGCCGCCAAAUGCCGCAACCGGCGGAAAGAGCUGACCGACACGUUGCAAGCGGAGACGGACCAGUUGGAAGCCGAGCAGUCGGGUCUCCGGAAGGAAAUUGCCGAAUUGCAAAAACAGAAGGACCGUUUGGAAUUAGUUCUGGAAGCCCACCGUCCCGUCUGCAAAAUCCUGGAAGAAUCAUCCGGAGAUGAGGAUGGAGGCUACCGCCGGCCAGCUGCCCCCUCCCAACCGCCGGAUAAAGAGGAGACUCCUCCGGGGCCCCAGCGUGGCUCUCGCCGGACGGCCCCGGUGCCCCCUAGCAUCACCCUGCCUCCCAGCGGCCUGCUGGAGCCCGAAUCCCUCCAUACUCCUACUCUCAUGUCAACCCCGUCUUUCACCCCCUUCACUCCUAGCCUGGUCUUCACCUACCCAGCGCCGGGGGACCCCGACGGGCCCUCGGGGUCCGGUUUUCCCUCGGAGCCCUGCUCCUCCGCCCACCGAAGAAGCAGCAGUGGGGACCACUCCUCGGAUUCCCUCAAUUCCCCAACUUUGCUGGCACUUUGAGGAAACGACUUCGGUUGGCCUAUCUCGAAUCUUGUCCCCG